UUGCCACUCUACUUCAAACGCGCACGCUGGACGUCACGGCAAUCCUCCCGUCCACCGGUGUGCACUGUGCACAGUGCUGCGCCGCCCUGCCCCACCAGGAUAGGAUCAUCAAGCCAUUCCUAUCUCAAACCUCAGGCUGCCAGCAACCGCUGCGGGCCUGCGCGAAUGCGAAUGCGACUACGGCAAGGCUGGCGCUGGAUUCACUUGGACUUGGACUCACUUGGAAGGGUCGACUGAAGGAACCGCAACUGGGCCCGCUUGACACACCGGCCUGGCUCAGCUGAGUGCGAGGCACGCGCACAGGAGCAGCGCAAUGGCCGGCCCUCUGCCUUUCACAGGUCCAUACCUGCCACUGGGCUAUGACUUUGGACUGCCCAACGUACCUCUGGAGGACACCUCGUUUCCACUCCCAGUCGACGAAUUCGGAUAUCCUCUGAUCAUGACCCGAAUUCCGCUCGGUGGCUUCCAACCUGAUGCGUACUACUCUCACGAUGUGCCCUACAACCCUGCCCAGAACGCACCGACAACUUCUCCUGGCCAGCAACACGCUCCGUCCGCUGGCACCGGAGGCAGCGACUCGCUCUCGCCCGAUGACGCCUCCGGCCAUGCCCUCACUCCCUCUUCGCCCUCCAACUUCAGUCCGUAUAUUGGGGACUUCGACGAUUCCGACGUCAUAGCCGGAUCACCAGAGAGCGACCAGACCAUCGCAGCCGACUAUGUCUAUGUGCAGGAUCCAAGCAGAUACAACGAGCACAUGGGGAGCACGCAUCAGGCACCGCGCUCGUCAUCAAGGCUCCCGCCGUCAGCACAGAGCUCCUCCCACUUACGAGAUGGCUCCGGUCCAUCACCGCACGACAAUCUAGCAAUGGAGUUUUCGCAGCAAUGGGCAUCUUUGGCUUCGCCCUUCGGUGCAAGCAUGGGUGAACUCACCACGAACGCAUACAAUAACUUCCUGGGCUCUGGCGACUUUGGGCUUUUCGAAGAUUCUGCACUUCUGCCCAACAUGACCGACAGCAACUUUGACUCGACCUUUGGUGUAGCGCCACAACACCAGCAGACGUAUGCGAACGUGCCGUUUCGAAAACAGGGAGGGGGUGUGCACACUUCCGCAGAACGGCCGUCAUCACAGAGUCAGUCAUUGGCAGCCACAACCAGUCGAUACACGAACAACCUCUCCACAUACGCUGCUGAACAGGGACAAGCGCAAUAUGCGAUGAAUGCAAACAACAGCAUGCUUCCGAGUAGCAGUCCACCGUAUUCUGGCAGUGCGAUCAAUAAACAACAUCAUCGGCAAAGGGGUCCUUCGGCGUCGCAGGUUCCACAAAUUCUUGUGAGGAAUAACAAUGGCAUGCUUCGCGAUACGGCCAAUGCCGCUCCCCAAGCAGGAUGUAAUCAACGGGCGCCGGCACCUUCCCGAGCGAACGGCCAUGCGCGUGCGCGUGUGCAAGUGCGCCCGGCACCGACCAACAGUGGUGAUGACAGCCCUCAACGUUACGAUGGUUUUGAUUUCACUGGUUCAUAUCCCGUGAUUGCUGCGGCGGAUCCGAUGCGCACUCACCUACAUGCACAACGGGUAUCUCCAGCAGACAAGGUGUCGAAAGGAGGUCGCAAGAAGAACUCGCAUCUUCCAGUAACGUCGCGAGAGCGCAUUCAUGCAAUGCGUAAGGUUGGUGCUUGCUGGCGUUGUGUGAUGCAAAGAGACCCGUGCGACGCACCGGAAGGUGGCUGCUGUUCCCGUUGUGUCAUGCGUGCAAGCAAAGGGCAGACAUACUACUUUGACUGCGACCGCUCGAAGCUGCCUGACUUCGUGGCCGAGUUUCUACCAGAGUCGCUCUUAAUCGAACACCAGAAACAAGGCAUCGAGUCCUUCGUCAGCAGCGCAGUCGCACAUUGGCAUGUGGAUAACUGCAUCGAUGUCUAUCUGUCCAGCGGGUACGGUCCACCUCUCCGCUGGCGACUGUACGAGUUUACGCCCAAGGACAAUGAGUUCCUCUUCCAGUUGCAGAUGGUUCAGGACCCUCAGUCGAGGCGAUCGCUGACCAGAGAGAAGUACUCCCCUCCAUAUGGCUUGAUGCGGAUUGACAGUGUCGAUGACCGCAAUUACGAAUCAUACCUGGAAGACCUACUGCAUCCGCAAUGGCUUGCACAGCUAGGGGAGAGUGCCUACGCAGAAGAGAACCUCGUGGACGAUGGCAUGUUUCAGUGCAAAGUUCUCGACUUGAUGUGCACACUUCACAUAAAUACCCCUGACGAAACCUUGAAACCUCUGCUUGGAGAUGUGCUUCGGAUGAUUAUUAUUACCUACAUCAUGGGCCAUACGCUGUGCAUUACGGAAGAUACGCUUCACCCCGUGAUUGGCAAUAUCCGUCAUUCGCCUAAACCACCUGCUAUGCAAAAGUUCACUUCGCCUCGCCUUGCAAAUCGCCAACUCAAGUUCUUCUUCCACGUGGUACGCAACAAUAUUUACGAAAAAGUGUUGAAGUGGCAGCAACACACGCUCCACACGGGGGGCAAAAAGCAAACAACAUGGCUGCACACUUUCUGCGUGACCCUCGGCUUUGCAAUGGUUCUGGAAGAAGUGCAACGCACCAUACAGUGCCAAGCUGAAGCAAAGAUCUGUCGACAAGAGGCUACGCUCCAAUCUGCCUACAAUGAAGCUUAUCAGCAGUGCGAGAAUAUUGACAAGCGCUUCAAACUACUCGUCGGCUUGUUUCAGUGCAAGUAUCGCGACAGGACAUGGGGUGAUCGAGGCAGCUUCGGCAAUGGAACGCCAGAGUUCCGCGAACCUGCUGCCAGUGAUUUUUUGCACAACUUGAGAAAUCUCGUGGAGCAGAGAGAGCACCAUCUGCGCGAAAGAGAAAAUGUGCGGUUCUCGUUGGAAAAUCAGUGCUUGUACACGACAAGAUUGACAGCGAGGUUCCUGCUGCCGUUCUUGAGCCUGCCGUCCGCUUGAGAGCUUCUCGCAAAGCGGCAGAGUUAGCUUCAUGCUCGCACUGGAUACGACCAGAAGCAGCGCGAGGUCCCUCGGUAUAGGCUGUCUACUUCAUAGGAGAAUCCAGCGGUCGCUGGCGCCCGUUCAGCUAUUCGCCGGACUUUCUCUUUGUCGUCUCACUCAAGACACGUAUCGCAAGCAUUUUUGCACGAGACGCUUGCUUGGAUUCUGAUUGAUUUUCACUUGACCGGUGCACCCGCAGCGUCACCGGCUGCGAAUUGAGGGCAGCAGGAACUUGUCGCAACAAUGCUGAUAGCCAGUCAGGCUGCCUUCCAUCUGGCCGUACAUCGCUUCCAAUGCAUGUAUUCUUGGGUGGCCCGACCAAAAAAACAAAUUCUGUCAAUCACAGGAUAUCCAGGAAAUACGACGAUAUAUGAACUUGGAAAGCUGGAACUUGAUUCUGAAUUUC